UAAAAACAGAAAACACCUACCUAAUGGGCCACGAUUAUGGGCCCAUAUAAACCAACCCAACACAACGAGAAAGCUGCAAAGUUUACAUAUUUGACCUAAUGAGAAGAUAUGGCCGGCCUUGUUCCUCUCUCUAACGUCCUCCGGGUGAUGAUCUAAAGGCACACCGCACACGCACACGUAACUGCGAUUUGUUUGCCCAAAUUUUGGAUUUUUUUUAGGGUUAAAAAGGGUUUGAACGAUAAUGGCGACGAAAGAGGCUGAAACAUGGAUAUUUUGGGAUAUAAGUUCUUGUCCGGUUUCUUCCUCAGAUGUUGCUAGUAGGGUUGGCCCGUGUAUAAAACGAGCGUUGAAGAAUUUAGGCUACUCUGGUUGUAUCACCCUCACUGCAAUUGGCAUACUAACAGACAUCGAUACCGACGUCCUGCAGGCUGUCUAUUCCUCUGGAGUCUCUCUUACUCACGUCAGUUCCGAACGCUUAGGGAUUACUCUUGAACUGAUGUGGUGGAUAAAAGAACAUCCAAUUCCUGUUAAUUUCAUGCUCAUAUCCGGUGAUGAGAUCUUCCGUCGGAAUCAUAGGUUCUUCGAAGAGGCAGGACACACUGUUAUUCAGAACUUUCCAUUUGAUCAACAAGACGUAGACUCCACUCCUGUACCGUCCCGCGUCUGGGAAAACUUUCUGGCAAGCUUAAGGCCAGAUGCAAUUGAGUCAGGGGUACUUGAGAAGGAGCCGGGUUUGGUUUGCGGACAAUGUUGUCUUCCUGACCAACAAGGCUUUGAAAAUUUCAUCAAGCAUCUCAAAACUCAUGUUCAUGUUUCCCCUGAAUCAUCUCCUCGGAUGAUGAAGAGGAAGCAACCAGAGGGAGAGAGUGCAUGACCCCUCCCCCAAAACAAGAAACAUGACUACGAAGAAGAGUACAUGUCCCCUCCCCGUUGUUGUUCUUCUCUCUAGAGCAUUUCCAUUCUCUGUUCUCAGUAGGAAAUACUUGUGCUUAUUUGCAAGCCUCGUUUAUUAAAAUUCAUUAUUGUUUACUAAAAAGAGAGCAAAAAUGUUCCAAAGACCUCAUUGUUGUUUACUUACAUAGUUUGCUUUCAGGGUUUACGCUAUUCACAACCUCCUAGUUUAUACAUUCUUUCUUAAUUAUA